UUCUGGUCUUCUGGAUCUUCUUCCCUCACUUCUCACUCAGAGAGAGAUAAACCGAAGACAGAGACAGAGAGAGGCCAGGAGAGAGAGAGGACAUGGCUGGGCCUCUCCUCUCCGCCUGCUUGUUUGUACUGGUGGAGCACCUCUGUCUGCUACAUCAUAUCCAUGCAGGGGCAUUUUAUGGUCACAAGCCACUACCCCAACAGCACCAGCCUCUGCCACAGUUACCUCUAAUGUCACAUGGCAAUGAGGGGAUACCCCAACAAAUAACCCAACACCAUUACCAUGGAAAGGAAACACCACACUUACCAUAUGGAAAUGAGAUGCCUUUGCUUCCACAGUAUGCAAAAGAACGUCCAAAGAUACCCAUGCACAUGGGUAAACCUAUUGUAGGAAAAGGUGAAACCAUUCCAAGAGGAGAGAAAGGUCCUCCUGGUGAGCCUGGUCCAAUGGGACUUCCAGGGCCUCAGGGCCCUCCAGGACUUCCUGGUCAUGGUAUCCCAGGACCUACAGGUAAACCUGGUCCUCAGGGUCCACCAGGACUCCCCGGAUUUGGAAAGCCAGGAAUGCCAGGUUUACCAGGAAAACCUGGAGUUAUAGGUUUACCAGGACCAAAGGGUGAGUUGGGACCAAUUGGUGGUGAAGGGCCAAUAGGAAUGCCAGGACCUCCAGGUCUUCCUGGGCCACAUGGCUUACCAGGUGUGUCAAAACCGGGUGCACAAGGACUUCCAGGACAACCUGGACAUCGCGGAGAACCUGGACAGAAGGGCUUCCCUGGGAUCCCUGGUGUCCCAGGGCAAAAAGGUGGGAAUGGGAAUGGCCUCCCAGGACUGCCAGGAGUAAAGGGACCUUCUGGACCUCCAGGACCACCAGGACAAGUAGGACUUCCAGGAGUUGGCAAACCAGGACUGAAUGGACUACCUGGGGCUCCUGGAGGCCAAGGUAAACCUGGUGCACCUGGAGAACCAGGACUGGCUGGAGUCCCAGGGGAGAGAGGACCACCAGGGUCACAAGGACUACCAGGCUUUGGCAAACCUGGUUUGGAUGGCUUGCCAGGGAAACCAGGUCUUACAGGCGGAAGGGGUGAGCAAGGUCCCUCUGGUUUACCUGGCAACCCAGGCAUGCCUGGUUUUGGCAAACCUGGAUAUCCUGGCCCUAAAGGUGAAAAAGGGCAUGGUGGUUUGCCUGGCCCCCAAGGCCCAAAAGGUGAAAAGGGUCAUGGUGGUCUUCCUGGAAUGAUUGGACCACCAGGGCCAAGUGGCCUUCCAGGCCCUCCAGGUCACUUGGGACCACCUGGAGGCAUUGGUUUCCCUGGUCCAAAAGGAGAGGGUGGUGCAAUAGGACCUAAGGGCCAACUUGGUCCAAAAGGUGAACCCGGGCCUCCAGGACUUCCAGGCAAGUCAGGAUUCCCAGGAGAAUUUGGGCAACCAGGACCUAGAGGCUUACCAGGUCCCAUGGGACCUAAAGGUGAAAAUGGACAUAAAGGCUUACCUGGCCUACCUGGAGCCCCUGGAAAGCCUGGCGCAAAAGGAGAAGUUGGAUUACCAGGACAGAAAGGUCAUCCAGGGUCCAUGGGAAUCCCAGGAUUAAUGGGUCCAACAGGACCGAUAGGCCCACCUGGUCUACCAGGCCCAAAAGGGGAAUAUGGACCACCAGGGAAACCUGGGAUGCCAGGUGAGGGAAAACCUGGGCUUCCAGGCCCAAUAGGGCCACCUGGUGUACCUGGACCUGGUGGGCCCCCAGGUCAAUCUGGAAUACCUGGUCCUCCUGGCCCACCUGGCCUACCAGGACCUCCUGCUCAAUCUCCAUUUAUUGGGCAAAUCCUUCCUGAGACAGGUCCUGGGCUAGAUGGGGCAAAAGGUGGUUAUAAGAAAGAAAAGCCUGGAGGAGCCAUUAUUGGUAGGAAUGGCAUAGACAUGCCUGCUUUUACAGCUCAGCUGACAACACCAUUUCCUCCAUUUGGGCAACCUGUUGUCUUCAACAAGAUUUUAUAUAAUGGCAACCAGAAUUACAACUCUCAAACUGGCAUCUUCACUUGCAAAAUACCUGGAAUUUACUACUUUGUCUAUCAUGUUAAUUGCAAAGGAAACAAUGUAUGGGUGGCAUUGUACAGGAACAAUGAGCCAGUUAUGUAUACAUAUGAUGAAUACAAAAAGAGUUACCUGGAUCAGGCAUCAGGAAGUGCAGUGCUGCCCUUACAAGUUGGAGACACUGUUCAUAUCCAGUUACCAUCAGACCAAGCUGCAGGACUUUAUGCUGGUCCAUAUGUCCACUCAUCAUUCUCUGGAUAUUUGUUAUAUCCCAUGUGAAUUUGUGAAAAAAGUCACUCAUAUAAAAUAAAUGCUACAUUUUUCUAAAGUAAUUACAUAAUUUGAAACAGUCUUACAGCAUCUGACAUUAUCCGUUCAUCCAUAUGGUUAGCACUUUGUUAGAACUCUUAUCACAUAAUUUAUUUGCAUAUUUCCUAUUGUUUGACAGUAUAUUGAUUGUAUAUAGAUGGGGUCACACUGACUACAUAUCGAUGCAAAAUGAUGUGAUAUUGACAUAAUGAAGAAUGUUCAGAUUGUUGGAUAUGCACUAUUUUUCUGCUGUCUUAGAUUCUCAUUGUGCCAUCUCAAUGAACUUCAAGAAAGUGUGUGAGCACAUAAGUGUUAUGUUUUUUAGAUUUUGCUUUUCAGUGAUCUUAUUAACUAAAAACUUCAGUAAAAUACAUAUCUGAAAUGUUUUGAACCUCACAUUUAGGUUCUUUCACACCCAACUGAUUCGAGUACAUCAGAUCAUUGUUUAUCAAAACAAACUCAAGGGUACUGAAUAAUUGUUAAUAAGUACAAUAUCAGUAUAUACAAGUUGAUAAGGCCACAUGGACACUCUAAGUUAAAUUCAAAUAGUCUUAGUAACCUCUAUAAUUUAUUUUUAGUUUUACUACUGAAAGACUAAAUUUGUAUAUGUGCAAAAAGAUGGUGGGACUCAAAAAAGAAGGAAUUUAUCCUUUGUUAUUUUUGACAAUGUUUGCUAAACUGUUAAACAAAUAUGGAGUAAAGAUUUAAUGUCAUAAUGUUGUUUUUUUAAAUAAAUUGAAUCGUCUAAAAUUGUGUGGAUUUGUAAUUAGGGAAUUUCACAAACAAUAAAAAAUAAAAUAAAAAAUAAAAUCCCUGCUUUCAAUCUUGACCAUG